CCGUCCCCCUCCUUCCCUCAUAUACAUACAUACAUACAGCCAACCAACGGCUCACAGCCUUCCCUCGCCCAUUUCCCCCGCCUUGGAAGCCCUUCCUGCCUGCACCUUCUUCACUCUUCGGCUCUUGCUAUGCAUCGUUGUUCAUUUAGUUUUUCGUGAUACCCAGAAUCUCGAAGUGCCGUUCUCCAUUUAACUAGCCAAACUCGAAUACAGUAGCAUCUUUUCGAAAUCUCUACGUGGUGUGACGACACCGACCGAGUUUACUAUGCCUGAGGUGUACCGCGAGUCCCGGUCCUACACCCGGGAGCGGGACACGUCCCCCUCGGACAACGAGGGUUACAGGAGGUCCACAGUGCGCCGUUACAAGGUGACGCCCGAUCGCGUCGAGAGGGUCGAGCGUGAGGUUGAUAUUGUCGAAGAGGAGCGCCGCAGCCGGUAUGCGCCUGUUCGCCAUUCCAGCAAAGACGACGUGCUCGAGGUUGAUCGCCGCGUCGAGCGCCUGUACAUACCUGAGAGGCCCCGGUCUACCGUCGAUCCGUCUCCCCACAGCGCAACCUAUGUGGAGCGCCAGGUCAUUGAGCGAGAGCGCGAGCCCAAGGAUGAACACUACACCCGGGUUGAUCGGGUUGAGUAUCGCGGGGACCGCGGGACCGUAGUCGAAAAGGAGCGCAUCAUCGAGCGCGAUGACCGGGAUCCUUACCCCGAACGGACGCGCACUGUGGUUGAGAGGCAGGUCGUGGAGCGGGAGCGCGACGAUGACUACUACCGCAUCGACGACAGAGACCGCGGAAGGGUUGUGUAUGAAUCAACCAAGGAAGUGGACGUGCACACGCCAAGGACACCACGGGACUACGAUCGUCGCUAUUGGGACGUUGACGACAGGGAAACUGAUGUGCGCAUCGAGAAGAGAGUCGAGCACCGGGAUGGCGCCGAAGUCCGCAUCGAACGCCGCGUCGAAGAGCGCCGCGAUGACGGCGCGGAUGUUGAGCGCUGGCGCAAGGAGACGGAGUACUACGAACCCGCGCCUGCGCCAGUCCCCAUCGUCAUCCGCCAGCGCGCUCCCGAGCAAAAGAUCAUCCUCCAAGAGGCUCCUGCGCCGACCGUCGUCAUCCGGGAGCAGGCAGCUGACACCAGGGAAGUUGCCCUUGCGCGCCACCCGUCCCGUGACGAGGAGUACUACUACCGCCACGAGUCUCGUGAGGUAGGCCCUUACCGAGGAGAGCGUCGUGAAGAGGAGGUGGCGGUUGGACGCUAUGACGGCGGGCAUCACCAUCAUCACCACCACCGCCAUCAUCAUCACCGCCGCUAUCACAGUGGUGCAUAUAGCGACGCCGAAUCCGAUGAUGGCUAUUACGCCAAGCGGACUACCGUGAUACGGCGGGACCGUAGUGCAUCGACCAGUCCUCACCGGAAGCGCCAUCUCGCCGAAGGCGCUCUAGCCGGUGCCGGCAUCGCCGGCAUUCUCGCUUCCCGCCGUGAUUCCAACGGUGAGUUCAAGCAACACCGAGACCGCAAAGUCCUCGCUGGCGCUGCUCUAGGCGCCCUCGGCACUGAGGUCGCCAGGCGCGCGCAUAGCGCCUAUCAGGAGCGAUUCGGGGAUGAAGACAAAAAGGAGCGCUCGCGAUCACGUUCCCGUCCGGCCCAUUCCAGGCUCAAGACCGGCCUGGGUAUUGCAGCCGUGGCCCUGGCCGCUGCCGGCGCCGCAAAGUACUACCAGAGCAGCAAAAUCGAGAAGGAGGAGAUGAGCCGAGGACGUGCCCUCCACCGAGACAGCGAUAGCGACUACAGUGACCGGUCGCCCAGCCGUAAGCGGUCCAGCAGCCGGGCCGCCUCACUGGCCAAGGCCGGACUGGGCACGGCAGCCGCAGUCGGACUGGUCCAGCACUACCGCCACAAGAGCAAGUCGCGCGACGGUAAGAGCCGCUCCCGAUCCCGCCUGCGCAGCGGCGCCGAGAUUCUCGCGGCAGGCCUUGCGGGCGCGGGAGCCAAAAAGCUGUACGACCGCCACAAGGAUAAGAAGGAAGAUGAAGAACGUGAGCGAGGCAGGCGUGACCGUGCGUACAGCGAUGACGAAGACUACUCACGUGACGAGCGCGACUAUCAUCGACGCAGCAGGAGCAGGAGUUUAUCACGGUCCGGACACUUCUACCCCGACGGUGACUCUUCCACAGCUGAUCCUGAGCUAGGCAUGGUUGAGUACGGGGCUCACCCCCUGUACGCGCAACCCCCGUACCCGACGUACGGAGAGGAACCGGCAGCGGGGUAUGACUCUGCGGUGGAGGAGGGCAGGAGCCGCAGGCGUCGGAGGAGCCAGAGCUUCGGACCCAGGGGUGACGACUAUUCUGCGGAUAACGAGACUGAGACGGACCGUGACAGGAAGACGGACAAGAAGCGGAGUACGAGCAGGCUGCGGGAUCUUGCUACUGGCGCCGCGGCGGCUGGCGCAGCGGCCAUUGGAAUCAAGAAAUUUAAAGACAAGAGGGAAAAGGACAAGGAGAAGGAAGAACGUGAACGUGAGGAGCGGGAACGGGCGGCGAGGGAUCGGGAUCGCGACCGGAGAGACAGGGAAAGGGAAAGGGAGAGGGAGAGGGACAAGGGCAAGGAGCGGGACCGGCGCCGCUAUGAGGACGAGGCGUCGACGGACGGCUAUGACGACUACCGCCAUCGGGCACCUUCACCCCCUCAUGCUUCCGGUGGCUUCUACAAUCCUCCACCUCCCGCUCCAGCCAACGGCUUCACGCAGCACCCAAACAUCCCCAUCACGGGCCUCAACCAGCAAUAUCAACCAUACCCACCAGACAUGACCUACCCACCACCCCCGCCGGGUCCGCCGCCAAAUUCGGCGACAAUGAUGGGCGGCGCCUCUCCACACAUCCCACAGGUGCCGCCACAGGUGCCGCCAGCUCCCCAGGUGCCUCCAUACGCGGCUCCACCGGCAACUCCAGCGGGUCCUGAGCAUGUGAGUGAAGCUCUUCGUGUUGGUCGCUCAACCCCAGAGCCAGAAGGCACCGCAGCUCGCCCCGUAGCUGGCGACACGAAGGGUGCGUCUGCUCUUGAUGGUGUAAGCCGUUCGGCUUCCUCCUCCCCUCCGGGGGUUCUCACCCCAAGCACGUCGCCGGAGCUUGACUCACCAGGAACCCCGCGCACCGCCAAAUCCGUCACCUUUAUCCCCCUGUCCCCUAAGUCCGCCGCCACCCUCCGCCGGCACCGCGAGGAGCAGGAAGCAGCCAACAAGUCUGAGAACGACGAUCGCGCCAGCGAUGACGGCGAUGAUAUCGACAGCAUCAGCAUCGACGACGACGCGAGCAAAUUCAAGCCACCACCAUCAUCAUCUCGUCGCCGCCGCAAUUCAGACCCGUCUUCUGACCGACCGCUGAUCUCCACUCGCCGCAACAACAAGACCCAGACCGACGAGGACGACGAUGAAGAAGACGUAAUCGAGCUCCUCCCGGACCGGUUCGACGCCGAGGGCCGACCACUCGACGGCUCCUCCCCCUUAACCGCACGGUCGCAAUGGCAUACGCGCCGCGGCGAGUUUGAAUACCGCGGCGGGAGCGGUCGGGGACGAGGCGGAGGCCUCAACAUGCGCGGGCAGUGGGGGGUGGCCGGCACGGACGGGGAGGCGGUGGAGCGGAUCGUGCGCAACGUUACGGGCGUGCUCGAGGGGAGGGGCAGCUGGAUGGGCCUGCUUGGCGGGCUGCUGAGCGGGGAGCUGUUGCAAGGUCUUCCUAGUGGUCAUGACGAUGACGAUGAUGAUGAUGAGGGGCCUAGUAGUGGUGGUAGUAGGCGGAUUUCUGAUAAGGAUAACAAGAGGAGACGGAGGAAGGGGGUGGAGUUGGAGGAUGAUGAUGAUGAUGAGAGAGUUGAAAGCAGCAGUGCCAGCCGCAGGCGUAGGGAGGAGUACGAAGGGGACAGCAGACGCACGCGUGGGCGAGAGAGGGACAACUAUGAUUACUACGAUGGUGGGUUUGAUGACGGCUAUGAGGAGGACAGGAAACGCAGGAGACGGAGGAGGGAGUAUCCGUGGGAGAGGGAGAGGGAGCUCGUUCGGUGAUGAGUGACACGACACGGCUGAUGACUUAUGACAUUGUUUACGACAUUGUUUUGUUUCUGUGUUUCUGUUUUGCUCAUAUCUCGCUUCUUUAUAGUUUACAUACGGCUAGACUAGGAUAUUUUGUAUGUUUUGGUUCUGCAGAUUUUCAUUUGGCUUGGAAGAUUGAGGGAGCCGAGGGAGCGGUGCCUGCACUGCGCUUCAGUAAUUUUGCUCGGGAG